UGCGGCCUCUACUGACAUAACCGUGUCUAUCAGUUAGGCGAAUAGUUGACCAAUGAGAGGGGAAGCACAGGGGUUUCUUCAGCCGGCUGGAUAGUAGCUCAGGAGCCUCUCACAUGUAUCCUGCCGGUGACUGACAGAGCCAUGGAGGUGCUGGAGGCUGUGCUGGAUGAGGUGGCCCUGGAAGGCCUGGACGGGGUCACCAUCCCGGCUCUGUGGCUGCGGCUCCAGACUCGGGUUCCUCAUUUCCCCCUCUCACUUGAUGUUGCCACUAAGCAGUUAAUAUGGCAGUCACUUGUGCGGCAUCCUGAGCUGCAGUUCUUCGAGCUUCCCACAGAGAGGCGCCCUUUAGUGAUCAGUGACAGGUAUGAGGAGCAAGAUCUAGGUCCCCAUAGAGUUAAAGGAGGAUCAUCUUCUGAAGACAUAUAUCCAUUUCACAUUGUUGCUGACAAUAAACAUGGCCUUCAGGGCUCAUGCCAGUAUUUUAAGGAGCGAAUAUUAGUAACUGAACUUAUACAGGCUGAGUCUAUUACAUGUGAAGGAGCUAUGGACAGAUGGCGAGAAAAGCUUGUGAUUGUUGGCUCCCAGAUCCUACGCUAUCGGGCUCUGAUUGGAUGGGAUGGUGACCCUUCCUUAAAGCUGCCAGACUAUUCCUACUGUGUUCUUGAGAAAGUCGGAAGAUCACGAUGGCAAGGAGAAAUUCAGAAGGACCUGCAGGGUAUAUACAAAAUGGAUGCGAGAAAGAUCCAUUACCUUCGACGUGUGCUGGACAAGAAUGGCCUCAUCACAAUGCAGACCUAUGUAGUAAAGCUACCGAAUGGAACUCAGCAGCAUUCACUUCUUCUGUUGUUAAAGCGAUUUCAUGUAGACAGAAGGAACAAGUAUGAAUAUCUCUCAGAGAAAGUCUCCCAAAUGUUGAGCGAAUAUCCAAAUCAAAUGGAAACUUUGUUGAACCUUCGAGAAGAACUGGGUGUUCCUGAACGUCUUUUCAAGAGGCUGUAUCAUUAUAUGGCAAAUGCUGGAAUUGUAAAAAUUAUUUCUUUACCAUUACAUGAAGUUCAGCCACUUGCAGAACACCACAAAACUAAGAGAGGUACCGACGUAAUGGUUCGAUGUGUGAAGCUUAUCAAAGAAUAUAAGAAAAAAGAUGAAGAUGAUGAUGAUGACGAUGAAGAAGAUGUAAAAACCUCUCUUCCUGUAGAUAUUAUUUAUGAGAAGGAUAUGCUAACCCAAACCUAUGAACUUAUUGAAAAUCGAGGAACCAAAGGAAUUUCCCAAAGAGAGAUCAAGCUAGCAAUGAAUGUUGGGAAGCUGGAAGCCAGAAUGCUGUGUCGUUUACUCGAGAGAUACAUGCUUAUUAAGGGUUUCAUGGAGGAUGAAGGGCGUCAAAGGACAACAAAGUUUAUCUCUCAUGUAUUUGUUGAGGAAAGUGAGUUACGUAGACAGUUUCUGGAAGAAAAAGCAAAAAGUGAGAAACUGUCCAUGCUUAACUUGGCACCUGCUCAAAGUGUUGGAGAUGACAAAAAAGCAUCUCCGGAAAAUAAACCAUCUGAGGAACCCCAGACUUCAGACGAUGACCGGGAAGAAGUGAAAAGUAACAAACGGCCUAGAAUGGAAAGCAGUUCAUUUCUGGGUGGGUCUGCUACUACAAGCACUCCACUGCCUACCUCAAAAGGUUUGGCCAAAAUUCCUAUAAGAAGCAUUUCUUCCUUGGACAUAGAGAAAAUGUCGGUGUCUGAAAAUGAUUGUAGUCUAGACGGUUUCCAUUUAGAAUCCAAUCUGACAGCAUUCUCUGUACAGUCUGGUGAUGAGGAUGACGAUGAGGUCUCUGUGAUUGAAGAGGUCUUGGAUAAGGAAGGAAAAAAAGGGAAGAAAUCCUGUAAGCCUGGAACAUUAGAGAGAACCCGAGAAACCUAUCGCCUCUUGAAAAGAAGAAACAUAAUAGUGGAAACUGUGAAAAAUCUGAGAUUAGUGGAGAGCUUAUUCACUCUUCAGAAAAUGAUUGUGGAGCAGGAGAAACAAGAAGGCGUUUCUACGAAAUGCUGCAAAAAAUCCAUCCGAAGAUUGGUCCAGAGGCUUUCCCAAGAAGGACUUGUUAGACUGUACCAUACUGUGGUAGUGCAAGAUGGAGUAAGCAAAAAGGUGGAGUUUGUUGUGCAUCCGUCAAUCAAUCGGAAUGAUCCUUUAGUGAAGAGCGCCAUUGAGCAAAUUCGUUUUCGCAUUUCAAAUUCUACCUCAGGAAAUCGGACACGCUCACCUCAAGGACAGCCAGCAUCUGGCAAAGCAGACGCAGAUGAUCCAUCCAAAGAGAAGCAAAAAGAAAAACACAGUGCAUCUCAUAGUAACACUAUAGACAACCCACUGAAAGAAACUGAUCCUAUGGAGGUGACGCGUUUAAAAAAUUACCAUCCUGUCAUAGUACCUGGACUUGGGCGUACACUUGGAUAUCUUCCUAAAAUGCCACGCUUAAAAAUAACUCACAUGUUUUUGUGGUAUAUAGUAUACGGUCAUCCGUACCGCAAAACACAACAGCAGCAAAAUACAGAAAAUAACAAUACUCAGACUGAGACCACUACCGGAUGUGAGAAUACCAUGCCACCAGGCGACUGCCCUAUAGAUGCCACCUCAGAUCUGGAUCCUAAAACACAUCCAAAUAAAGCUGAUGAAAUGGUUCAGUACAUGCCAGACCAAGGAACAGAGCAAAGCACAGAAACAGUCUAUGUAGAUGAAGUGUCAUGGGUGAGGUGUGUUCCACCUGCUACAGUACACUCUGAAUUUGGACCAGGCUGGGUUCUUGUCAGUGAUAUCCUCCUCUGUCUACCACUCUCCAUCUUCAUUCAGAUAGUUCAAGUCAGCUACAAGGUUGAUGACAUUGAGGACUAUCUAAAUGAUCCGAUCAGAAAACACACAUUGAUCAGAUACCUGCCCCGAUCCAUACGACAACAGCUGCUCUAUAAAAGGAGAUAUGUCUUCUCAGUGUUUCAAGGGCUACAGAAAUUACAUUAUAUGGGUCUACUACAGUUUGGCCCAUCUGAAAAAUUUCAAGAAAAAGAUCAGGUAUUUGUGUUUGUGAAGAAAAAUGCAACCAUUGUUGAUACAACAGCUUGUGACCCUCACUACAAUAUAGCCCAAGCGAGUCAUCCUUUUGAGAAGCGCUCCUAUACUUUUAAAAGUUUCCAAAAUGUGGAGAAUUUCUGGUUUGAUUUGCAGUUUGUGUGUCUAAAUACACCCCUAGGUGUUGUUCGUUGUCCUCGACCAAAGAAAGCAAAUUCUCAAGAUGAAAGUGUGUUGGGACAAGAGAUGGAAACAGAGCAGGAAGAUAGGCAGAAUUUGGAGCGAAAAUGUAACUUCCUGGAAAGUAGUAUCCCGGGAAGCAGGGAAGUCGUGGAUGAUGGAACGAUUCCUGGAGAUGGACUAGGAGCAGGAGGCCUUGACUCAAGUUUUUACAGCCACCUAAAGAGGAAUUGGAUUUGGAUCAGCUAUAUUAUUAACAAUAGGAAGAAUUCAUCGACACAAGACGGUCUUACAAUGAGACUUCAGACUUUCUUGAACAAGCAUACGCUACCCCUAGGCUCAAGGAGUGACCAAAAGAAAGUCUUUGGAGAUAUAUCUAUGCCGGAGACUGGAGAACUUGUUCAGGUGGUAAAGGUGCCUACAGGGAAGCGAAACAAGCAAGUUCAAGGAGGGAAAUGCCAGAAGCGAAAAAGGCAGAAGAAAGUAAAUGAGAAAAAGCCAAAAACCAAGAAGAUGAAAAAGGAAACAAAGGAAGAAAAGAUUAAGAGAAACAGAUUCCAUGAUGAGGCUGAUCAAAGUGCACUCCAAAGAAUGACCCGUCUGCGAGUGGCCUGGACUUCACAAGAAGAUGGAUUACUGAUGCUAUGCCGUAUAGCCAGUAACAUUCUAAACAGAAAGGUGAACAGACCUUUUGUUCCCUGGCAAGUUGUUCGAGAUAUCAUGCAUGCCAGCAUGGAGGAGUCACUUGACAAAACCUCACACUCUAUUGGAAGAAGAGCUCGAUACAUCAUCAAAAACCCACAGACCUAUUUGAACUACAAAGUAUGCUUGGCGGAAGUCUACCAGGAUAAAGGACUUUGUGAAGAAUUUAUGAAUAGAAGAGAAAAUUAUGAGGAUCCUAAGGUUUGUGCUGCUGAGUUUAAAGAAUUUGUGGACAGGCUGAAGUUAAAAUUCAGCUCAGCCGUGGGUGACCCGACGUAUGAAAUUCCUGACUCUGUCAAUGAGCUGUUUAACAGGUUUCGUGUUUUGGCUGUUGGUGAUGAAUCAAGCCAAGAGAAAGACUUAAAAAUCAUCAACAGUGUGGAUGAUAUCCAGGUGAUAGUGUUACAGAACCUCAUUUUGAGCACGCUGGCUCUAUCUGAUAUGCAGAUGAAGUCCUGUAGAUCUCUACAGACAUUUCGGAUGUACAGACAGUAUCGUGACGACAUUCUAGGAAAGGCUUUUCAGGAAUUUCACAAGAAACGAUUGGUAAACCGUCGACGUGGAAAUCAUACAUUAGGACCAAAGAAAAACCGCGCUUUACCCUUUGUGCCAAUGUCCUACCAGUUAUCACAGGGUUACUACAGGCUUUUUACUUGGCGCUUUCCAUCUACAAUUUGUGCAGAAUCUUUCCAGUUUUUGGAAAAACUGACGUCUUAUGGAAAUGCGGAUCAAGCAGACCUAUUCUCUUUUGGUGACCAAAACAAUGAACCUACUACAGACAUGCUGGUGUUUCCUUUGGAUGGACCGGGUGGCGAGUGUGUGGCCAUGCUCUCUCUCUUGCUUCUGGGAUAUUUAUUUGUGAAUGUAAAAAUCCCUGACCAGAUUGUAGUAGUAGACAGCACUUUGGUUGACAAUGAAGUCAUAAAAAGCCUUGGAAAAGAUGGGCUAGAAGAUGAAGAUUUUGAUGAUGAAGAUGACGACGGUUUGGGAAACAAGCCGAAGAUAGAAGUAAAGGCGCGUCAGGCAUCUCAUACUAACUAUCUGCUGAUGAGAGGUUACUGCGCGCCUGGGAUAGUCAGCUCAAGGAAUCUGAACCCAAAUGACAAUGUGGUUGUCAACUCUUGUCAAGUUCGGCUGAAACUAAGGGCCACCCCUUUAUGUGGGAGGUUAAAAUGUCCUAGUUCCUUUAGUGAUUUUCUUGCGGCGAUGCCUUCCCUUCCUCCUCUGUUCACGGAACUUGUAAACACCAAAGAUCAGAACAUCAGCUCCUUCAUAAGCCAGUGUACAAGGAGCCGUGGCUAUACCUCAGAAGAUGUGGACUCUGUACUGGAAAUAUUUUCUGCUAUUGAAGCUGGAUCAUAUUUGGGGAUGAAAGUAUCAGAUCUUGGUGAAAGAUUUAUCAAAUAUGAAGAUGUAGAAAAUGGAAGGACGAAAUCUUUACAACAGUACAUGCAGGAUCUUCUAGCAUACAAACAAGUGCUACAGGUUGGAGGCGACUGUGUUAGACUGGUAGCCACAAGGCACGCCGAUCCUUGGGUUCUGCAUUCAUACAGCCCGAAAGAACAAGACAAAGCACUUCUAGGUAAAGACACUGACUGCUCAGAGAUGACACAGCAAACUUCCGAAGACCAGGCUGAUACUGACAUAAGUGUUACUGAGCCACCAAGAAAGAAAGCACUUCUUGAAAUUGUGGACUCUGAGAACUCAAAUGAUGCUGAAAAGACUGUGGUUCCUGUAGGACCAAGAGUAUCUGACCGUGACAACUCCACUCCAAAAAUGGAUACAGGAGAUUCUUUGGGGAUAUUAUAUGAGAGGGAUUCAGAGUGUUGUUUUCUUGGAAGACCAUGGAGGAUUGUGGAUAGCAGCUUGAAUAAACCCGUGUGUAAAGGAAUGCUGGAGGCGGUUUUAUACCAAGUAAUGACCAAACCAGGGAUUACACAGCAUAACCUGAUCAAACAUUACAAUGAUGUGCUCCAGCCUGUCAUUAUACUGGAGUUAUUGCAGGUCCUAGAGCAAAUAGGCUGCAUAAAAAAGAGCUACAUUGAAAAACCAACCAAAGCUUCUCUCUUUUCAAAGACUGAAAUCCCACAACUGUUCAAACACAGCAAAAUAUCAGAGGAUUUAAAUGUGUUUUAUGAACCUAGCAUAGACUGCACUCUGAGACUGGGUGGCAUCUUCCCUUCUGAAGUUAACUGGAAUAAAUGGGUUCUGUAAAGUUGUUGUUAUGUUACUUGUAUUUAUUAUAAAAUUAAUUUCUUAUGUGAUAUUUUGUAAUAAAUAUGUAUUACAUUUU